AUGCAGCCCGCAAUGAUGAUGUUCUCUAGCAAAUACUGGGCCAGACGGGGCCUUUCUUUGGAUUCAGCUGUGCCCCAGGAACAUCCGCUACAUGGCAACAUCACUCUAAACAGAACCAAUUCUGGUAAAAAUGAUGAUAAAAAGGGUAAUAAAGGUGCAGGCAAGAAUGAAUCAACAUCAGAAGGCGGCAAGACGGCUGUAGUAUUUUCUUUGAAAAAUGAAGUUGGUGGCUUGGUAAAAGCUCUCAGACUUUUCCAGGAGAAGCAUGUGAGUAUGGUUCACAUUGAAUCGAGAAAAUCCAAGAGAAGGAGUUCAGAGGUAGAAAUUUUUGUGGACUGCGACUGCAGCAAGAAAGAAUUCAAUGAGCUCAUCCAGUUGUUAAAGUAUGAAACGAACAUUGUAACUCUGAAUCCACCAGAAAACAUUUGGACUGAUGAGGAAGAGCUUGACUGUGUUCCUUGGUUCCCCAGGAAGAUUGCUGAAUUAGACAAAUGUUCCCAAAGAGUUCUAAUGUAUGGCUCCGAACUGGAUGCAGAUCACCCUGGAUUUAAGGACAACGUCUAUCGACAGAGAAGAAAAUAUUUUGUAGAUAUUGCCAUGAGUUAUAAAUACGGCCAGCCAAUCCCUAGAGUGGACUAUACAACUGAAGAAAUAAAAACUUGGGGUGUUGUUUUCCGAGAACUUACAAAACUCUACCCGACUCACGCUUGUCGAGAAUAUUUGAAAAACUUCCCUUUGCUGACAAAGCACUGUGGCUAUAGAGAGGACAAUGUCCCUCAGCUGGAGGAUGUGUCUAUGUUUCUUAAAGAAAGGUCUGGCUUCACAGUCAGACCAGUUGGUGGAUAUUUGUCACCCCGUGACUUCUUAGCAGGACUCGCCUAUCGAGUAUUCCACUGUACGCAGUACAUACGCCAUGGCUCUGACCCUCUCUACACUCCUGAACCGGAUACAUGCCACGAGCUCCUGGGACAUGUGCCUCUGCUUGCUGACCCUAAAUUUGCCCAGUUUUCCCAAGAGAUUGGAUUGGCUUCCCUGGGCGCAUCUGAUGAGGAUGUCCAAAAACUUGCCACUUGUUAUUUUUUCACCAUUGAAUUCGGCCUCUGUAAGCAAGAUGGACAACUACGAGCCUAUGGAGCUGGUCUUCUGUCUUCCAUUGGAGAACUCAAGCAUGCUCUGUCUGAUAAAGCCAAUGUGAAAACAUUUGAUCCAAAGACAACCUGCUUGCAAGAAUGCCUUAUCACGACUUUCCAGGAAGCGUAUUUUGUCUCAGAAAGUUUUGAAGAAGCCAAAGAAAAGAUGAGAGACUUUGCAAAAUCAAUCAACCGUCCCUUUUCUGUAUAUUUCAACCCAUACACUCAAAGCAUCGAAACCCUGAAAGACACUAGAAGUAUUGAAAAUGUUGUCCAGGAUCUUCGGAGUGACCUUAACACAGUGUGUGAUGCUUUAAGCAAAAUGAACAGAUAUUUGGGGAUAUGA